AGCGUAGGUUGCAGUUCCGCAUCAUCAUGCCUGAACCAGCAAAAUCCGCCCCCAAAAAGGGCUCGAAGAAAGCCGUCUCCAAGACCGUUAGCAAGACCGGCAAGAAGAGGAGAAAGACCAGGAAGGAGAGCUAUGCCAUCUACGUGUACAAGGUCCUGAAGCAGGUUCACCCCGACACCGGGAUCUCCUCCAAGGCUAUGGGCAUCAUGAACUCCUUCGUGAGUGAUAUCUUUGAGCGUAUCGCCGGGGAGGCUUCCCGUCUGGCUCACUACAACAAGCGCUCCACCAUCACCUCCAGGGAGAUCCAGACUGCUGUCCGUCUGCUGCUACCCGGAGAGCUGGCUAAGCACGCCGUGUCUGAGGGCACCAAGGCUGUCACAAAGUACACCAGCUCCAAGUAAACCCGCUUCUCUGCCAAGCAAACCCAACGGCUCUUUUAAGAGCCACCCACUUGGUCUGAAGAGUAAAUGUUCCGCUUCAGUGUCGUACUGUAAAACUGUUGCGUUAAUAUGAUGUUACGCAGAUAAUGAUUUUGACUGCGUGUUUGUCACUACCUAGACAAUAUUCACAGGAGACUCCUUAUGAUCUAUUAGGACCAAUUUUUCUGAAACACCUGGAUGUAUGAACUUGUGAACAAAGUUGAGGCUGCAUGCAGCAUCGAGCUGUCUAAAGACUGGCUGAUGGUAGAAAUCAAGUGCACUCCUACCAGAGUACAGUCAUUAAUGUUUGUGUCUGAUGCACUGUUUAUGUAAGGUGUUUCAAAUGAAAGCUGUAUCUUGAAAGUCUAAAGAGAAUGUGAAGAUACUAAAUUGAUUUUCAAAUAAAUCAAUCUGAACAUAACAGUCUGUCUUUGUCAUGGAAGCAGGUAACAUUUGUUUUUAACCUUUUUUUUGGUGUGUACCAGGAUGUAAACAUGCUUCCCCAGUAAAAAUGGGAGUGGACUGUCGAUGAAAUUGCAUGCUUUAACACAAACUUUCUCAUGUAUAAUUUUAAAAAUUAAAACAUUUAUUACUGUG